CAAAAUCAAAAUCAGUCUCUUUAUUAAUUAUUAUUACACAGACACCCAAAUCUUUCAACAAGUUUUAAAUAUAACCCUUCAAUGAUUGAGAUCGUCAUAUUUUUCUCCAAAGUAAUUAAAACCUUCUCGUCUUAAAUGUCUUGAAUCUUCUCUUCUUUAAAGCAAAAACCACAAUCACAUAGCCACUUGUUUCACUAUCUACUUCAUCCAUACAUUCACCACAAGCCCGUGAUGGCCUGAUCUGCUUCCUCCUCCUCCAUAAUUCCUGGGUUUCAAUUUCUUCAAAGAUUCCGAUCGUCUUCACGUCGAAGUACACAAUCUGAAACCGAUCAUCAAUUGGGGUUUAUAAUACCUAGAAUCAGUAGAAAAUAUCGAUCAUUGAGCUUCGAUUCUGGUCUUCGUUUGAUUGUUUCGCUUUCGGAUAAUCAGAGCUUUGAGUCUCCGACAAGGUUGGUUAUGUCAUCUUCUGUCUCAAACUCGGACCGGAAGAUUGUUACUGGUCCCGCAGGUUAUAUUCUUGAAGACGUUCCUCAUUUCACCGACGACUUCCCUGAUCACCCUACAUAUCCAAAUCCAUUACAAGACAACGCAGCUUACUCUGUUGUUAAGCAGUAUUUCGUCGAUGAGGAUGACACGGUUCCUCAAAAGAUAGUAGUUCAUCCUGACAGUCCUCGGGGAACACAUUUCCGUCGUGCAGGACCACGUCAAAGGGUUUACUUUGAGUCGGAUGAUGUUCUUGCUUGCAUUGUUACGUGUGGCGGUUUGUGUCCCGGGCUUAAUACUGUGAUCAGAGAGAUAGUUUGUGGUUUAUCUUACAUGUAUGGUGUCAAGAGAAUCCUCGGAAUUGAUGGAGGUUACAGAGGAUUUUACGCGAGAAACACAAUCCAUUUGGACUUAAAGACAGUGAAUGAUAUUCACAGAACCGGAGGAACCAUCCUUGGGACUUCAAGAGGCGGUCACGACACCACCAAGAUAGUAGAUAGUAUUCAAGAUCGUGGGAUUAACCAGGUUUAUAUAAUCGGUGGAGAUGGAUCACAGAAAGGAGCUGCUGCUAUAUUCAAGGAGAUUAGGAAACGCGGGCUCAAAGUUGCGGUUGCCGGAAUCCCCAAAACAAUUGACAAUGACAUUCCUAUUAUCGAUAAAUCUUUUGGAUUUGACACAGCUGUAGAAGAGGCUCAACGUGCUAUCAAUGCAGCCCAUGUCGAAGCUACAAGCGUUGAGAAUGGUAUUGGUCUUGUGAAGUUAAUGGGACGGUACAGCGGAUUCAUUGCAAUGUAUGCAACUCUAGCCAGCCGAGAUGUGGACUGUUGCUUAAUCCCGGAAUCUCCAUUUUUUCUUGAAGGCCCAGGCGGGCUUUUUGAAUUUAUUGAUAAACGGCUAAAGGAGAGUGGUCACAUGGUGAUUGUAAUUGCAGAAGGCGCGGGACAAGAUCUGUUGGCUGAAAGCAUGGAAGAGUCCACAACUCUGAAAGAUGCCUCUGGAAACAAACUUCUACAAGACAUUGGCCUAUGGAUCUCCCAAAGGAUCAAGGAUCAUUUUGCCAAGAAGAUGACCCUUACCCUCAAAUAUAUAGAUCCAACCUACAUGAUACGGGCUAUUCCGAGCAAUGCAUCAGACAAUGUAUGCUGCACACUAUUAGCUCAAAGCGCGGUUCAUGGGGUGAUGGCUGGUUACAAUGGUUUCACUGUUGGCCUUGUCAAUGGAAGACAUACGUACAUUCCCUUUUAUAGGAUCACGGAGAAACAGAACAAGGUGGUGAUCACUGACAGAAUGUGGGCGAGGCUUUUGUCUUCGACGAACCAACCGAGUUUCAUGAAGCAGGACAAGAUCCACUCAAACCAGUUGGUUGGUGAACCAGGGACCAUGAAAUGGUGAUCAAGACUGUCUACAAAAACAUUCGUUUGUGGUUUGACUUGAGGAGAUCUUUGUUUGGGAAGUAAGGUUUCUUUAUUUAGUAGAAGCUUUUUAAAAUGUUUGAUAGUAUUCAUCAAGCAAAGAGAAGAGAGAUAACUCCUUAUGAGAAUAAUAAUGUAAUAACUCUUGCUUUGAUUUUACUCUUCACCAAAUUUGUAAUUUACUCUUACAAUGAAGAUGGUAAUGACACUGUUUCCUUUCA